UUGGGCUCAGGCGUGUCUGGCGCUGCAUUGAAGUCUAGCCGUUUUUUUGCCCAGCAGCCCCUCCCUCUCGGCAGCCGCAAGUCAUGGCGAUCGUUGCGGUCAGGGAGACCGAGGAGUUCGAGAAGGCCGUCUCGGACCCCAGGUGCCUCGUGGUGAACACCGCGGGGCCGGAGCCCGAGGUCUUCGAGGCGGGGCAGGCCGCCAGAGCGGCCGCGAGCCCCUUCGACGUCCCGAAGAAGACGAGGGUCGUCGUCGCGCUGGUGGACCCCAAGAAGGUCGCGCUCGGGCAGCGCUACGUCAAGGCGCUCAGGGCCGUCAACGGGAAGGUGAGGAUCAACUGCGUCCUGGAGCUGUCGCGCUGCAAGGACCCUGUCGGCGUGGACCUGUUCCAGCGGGCGUUGUUGGCCUCGGGCGCCUCCCAGGUCUAGGGGGGGCGCCGACGAUGCACACGUGUGCACGAGUCGGCCUCCCAUGAGGGCGACGAACUUACCUCAGACUCAGGCAGGUGUUACUUAAUGGCAGUUCACCCCCUCCGCGGCCUUGGCAAGCAGCGCUGGGCCGAAAAGGCGUGCCAGUGGGCCCCGACUUGCGCGCAGUCCAAAUUUCCUUUGGGCCUCGGCACGCCCCUCUCCCCCCCUUCGCGCAAGUCAACUUGCCGGAGUCUAAUGAAAAACGACCUGCCUCUGGAGGACUGGUUCUCUCCCCCGACGCCGGCCCUCCGAGUGGCUGCUUUCCGGGCGAACGACGACGACGACGAC